UACUCUAUGUGAUGAUACAAAUACCAAUUUACAAAAUGAUGAACAUAAUUAUAUAUCCUCAGAUUCUUCAUCUUUUAAAUCACGUUCGAGUUUAGGAAGAAAAAUAUCUUUCUCAUCAGAUGAAUCUUAUUUUGAUUCAGAUAUUGAUAUGAGAAUAAAAAAAUUAUUGAAUAUAGAGGAUCAUGAUAAUUUUAAGAAAAAGAAGAAGAAGAAAAAAAAAAAAGAAGAACAACAACAACAACAAGAAGAAGAUAAUGAGCAAAAUCAUGCAAUUAAUAAUGUAGGAAAUAUAGACAUUCAAUGUAUAACAAAUGAGGAACACCAUAUAAAUAAUAAAUCUCAUGAAGAAGAAAAGAAAAAUGAAAAAAUAAAUAAUGUGAAAAUUAUGGAGUCUAUCAAUGAAAGUCAGACACCUGAAAAGAUAGACGUUUCAAAAAAAAAUCAAGAAGAUUCUUCUACUCAAAAUUAUGAGACUCUGAAAGAACUUCUAACAGAACAAGUUCAACAUAAUAAUAAUAAUAAUAAUAAUAAUAAUAAGGAUGCUAAAAAUGAUAAUAAAAAUGAUGA